AUGGGGUCUAAAAAGUCGAAACCGGUUGAAAGUGGACAAGAUUUGCUGACAUCUAGAGGCAAUACCGCGCACAGGUCAAACCAGAGUAACAAACGUCACGCCUCUUCAACGGAGUCGUGUGUACAAACGGGUCCAGUAAAAAUGUACACAAGUAUGAAUUUGAUCGAACAAGGUGCACAAACUGAACCAGUUUUAAUUCGACCGCUUUUACCACAAAAAGUUUAUAACUCCUUGAAUAUAGGCAAUGGUGACGUAGACGAUAUCUCCAUAUUUUCAGACGUCACUUCACUAUCAGCUGAUGUCUCCUUCUCGAGUGAGGUACAAUUGUCAAAUCAGGUUAAGGGAAACGUCGACCCCUGUACAAUGUCCCCAGACUCUGGCUGUUUCACAUCAAACACUUAUUCCGAGGAUACACAAAGGACAAAGGACACGGUAUUUGAAGGAGCAGAAGCACCUGUUCCUACCAAGCGACAUCGCCGUGUGCCCGAGUCUCAGGAGGCCCUACCGAACCUGGACGCCGCCAAUUUCGAGUGCAGCAUGUGGGUACCAGCAGAGGAGGUGGCGAGAAUCUUCGCGACGUCGAAGGACCGCCGAAUAGAGGCGAUUGCACGCGCCUGCAACUGCCAGUUCCUACUCACCGACACUCUGCGGGUGAACAAGAAUCUGGGCUCCCAAAAACUCGUCUACAUUUUCUCUAACGCACUAGCUGAUCUGGAGAAGUGUAGGAGCAUUCUUGAUGAAAAAUUCCCCACCUUCUAUGUCAAAUCCUCUGAAGUGGUCCAUCGACAGGCGCCCGCGUAG